UGUACUGCAGGAUCCAGAGAUGGCAUCAGUGAAGCUGGAAGACUGCAGUCAAACACUGGAGCUGAAUGUUAACAUUAAAGAUGAAGAAGAGGAGGCGGAGAUUGGGAAAUCUGUUAAUCAUGGAGACCAUGUUGAGACAUUCUCUACAUCCAGAGAGAAACAGCAGGAACAUCACAGAGCUAAGAGGUCUCACCCCUGCCCACAUUGUGAGGAGAUUUUCCCAUUUUUAUCAAAGCUAAAAGUACACCUAAAAAUACACAGAGGGAAUCAAUAUUCCAAUAAUGACGUUGGGAAGAAUUUCACAACAUCCAAGACUCUGACAGUUCAUCAGAGAGUGCAUACAGGAGAGAAGCUGUUCUCCUGCUCUGACUGUGUAAAAUGCUUCACAACAUCAACUAGGCUAAAAGUUCAUCAGAGAACACACACAGGAGAGAAGCCUUACUUCUGCUCUGACUGUGCGGCGAGUUUCUCUCUACUGUGCAACUUAAAACGACAUGAACGUAUACACACAGGAGAGAAGCUUUACUCCUGUUCUGACUGUGAGGCGAGUUUCUCUCUACUGUGCAACUUAAAACGACAUGAACGUAUACACACAGGAGAGAAGCCUUACUCCUGCACUGACUGUGGAAAGAGUUAUUCUCUACUGGGCCACUUAAAAAGACACCAACAUAUACAUACAGGAGAGAAGCCUUACUCCUGCUCUGACUGUGGAAAGAGUUUCUCUCGACUGGGCCACUUAAAAACACAUAAACAUAUACAUACAGGAGAGAAGCCUUACUCCUGCUCUGACUGUGUAAAAUGCUUCAUAACAUCAACUGAGCUUAAAGUUCAUCAAAGAACACACACAGGAGAGAAGCCUUACUCCUGCUCUGAUUGUGUAAAAUGCUUCACAACAUCAACUAGGCUAAAAGUUCAUAAGAGAACACACACAGGAGAGAAGCCUUACAUCUGCUCUAAUUGUGCAGCGUGUUUUGCUCUACUGUGCCACUUAAAACGACAUGAAAGUAUACACACAGGAGAGAAGCCUUUCUCCUGCUCUGACUGUGCGGCGAGUUUUUCUCUACUGUGCAACUUAAAACGUCAUGAACGAAUACACACAGGAGAGAAGCCUUAUCACUGCACUGACUGUGAGAAGAGAUUCUACAGAUUGGGCCACUUAAAAAGACACCAAUGUAUACAUAAAGGAGAGAAGCCUCAUCAGUUGUCUCAGACCAGCUGAGAUUAGACACUCCACUUAAUUUUCAUGUCAUUAAAUAAUUGGCAAUGUUGAAUUGGAUCAAAUGAAGAAAGCGUAGAACACUAUUGUAAUCCUAUAGUUUCUCACUGUUAGAGAACUGUGCAGAGGAAAGGGAGCGUUAUAGAAUGUUAGCCUCUCUUUACUUUACUGAUCAGUGUGGACCUUGUCGGUUUUGUUAGCUUCUACUGUAAAGAUAUUGACAUGACCUUGGAUUUGCCCUUAGGGUUGAAUAUCCUGUGAGGUGUCUCACAGUGGAGUCUGAUGGUUAACUGGGUGGUACUGCUUCCCUCUGCAGUUUUCUGUGGGAAUGAGCUAGUAGAUACAACCUACACUGAGUGUACAAAACAUUAAGGACACCUGCUCUUUCCAUGACAUAGACUGAUCAGCUGAACCCAGGUGAAAGCUAUGAUCCUUAAUGGUCUAGUUGUUGUGUAUUUGUUAUGGAUCCCCAUUAGCUUUCAACAUUAAAAAAACUGCAGUUGCAGUGAGCUAAGGAAUGAAAACACUGGACACUGGAAAAUUGGAAACAUAUUGCCUGUUCUGAUGAAUCCCGGGUUUCUGCUGUUUCACACUGAUGGGAGGACUAGGGUAUGCAGGAAACCACGAGUACAUGCAUCCAGUGGUGGAAAAAUUACCUGUCAUACUUGAGUAAAGUAAUGAUACCUUAAUAGAAAAUUACUCAAGUAAAAGUGAGUCACCCAUUAAAAUACUACUUGAGUGAAAGUAUUUGGUUGUUAUAUACUUCUGUAUAAAAAGUAUGAAUAUUUUCAAAUUCCUUAAAUUAAGCAAACCAGACGGAACAAUUGUCUUGUGUUUUUUAUAUUACAGAUAGCCAUGGGCACACCAACACUCAGACAUAAUUUACAAACGAAGCAUUUGUGUUCAGUGAGUCCGCCAGAUAAGAGGCAGUAGGGAUGA